UCUGUUGGUUGGUCAAAAGCAAAUGCAAAUCACCCAUUCCAUUUCUUUUGGAGUUUUACCAAAUAGUUGCUUCUUCCCAAAGCCAAAAUCUUUGGGGUUUGUUCAUUUAAAAAACUUUUCUUUUUUUAUGGGAUUUUGUUGCAAGAAAGAAGACAAUGUUUCAGAGGUUCAACUUCUUUCUAAUAGCUCUUCUCAUUCCAUGCUUUCUUAUCCUUAGCCCUUCCUAUGCCCUCAAGGAAGGAGAAACAUGCAUCGUGAACAAGAAUUGUGAUCGGGGAUUGCACUGUGAAUCGUGUCUCGCUAGCGAUAGUUUCCGACCUAGAUGCUCUCGUAUGCAACCCAUUGAUCCCACCUCCAAGGUAAAAGGGUUGCCGUACAACAAGUACUCGUGGUUAACAACCCACAAUUCAUUUGCUCGAAUAGGAGCAAAAUCAGGCACCGGCUCUAUGAUUCUUGCUCCUUCCAACCAACAAGAUUCAAUCACAAGCCAGCUCAUUAAUGGUGUUAGAGGGUUUAUGCUUGACAUGUAUGACUUCCAAAAUGAUAUAUGGCUUUGCCAUUCUUACGGUGGAAAUUGCUUCAAUUACACCGCAUUCCAACCGGCGGUUAACAUUUUAAAGGAGUUUCAAGUGUAUCUAGACAAGAAUAAAGAUGUUGUUUUGACACUAAUCGUCGAGGACUAUGUGAAAUCUCCUCAUGGUUUAACCAAAGUGUUUGAUGCAUCCGGAUUACGAAAUUUCAUGUUUCCGGUAACAAGAAUGCCUAAAAACGGAGAAGAUUGGCCUACUCUUGAUGAUAUGAUCAAACAGAACCAAAGAUUGGUUGUUUUCACGUCCAACCCUGGCAAAGAAGCGUCUGAGGGAAUUGCAUUUACAUGGAGAUACAUUAUAGAGAAUCAAUAUGGAGAUGAUGGGAUGAAGGCUGGAGGGUGUACUAAUAGACCGGAAUCAGUUGCAAUGGGAGAUAGAUCAAGAUCACUUAUUCUAGUCAAUUAUUUUCCAGAUACAGCAGAUGUGAUCGGAUCUUGUAAGCAGAACUCUGCUCCUCUUCUUGACACCGUAAAAAGUUGUCAAGAAGCCGCGGGACAACGCUGGCCUAACUUCAUUGCAGUCGAUUUCUACAAGAGAAGCGAUGGUGGAGGAGCUCCAAAAGCAGUGGAUGUAGCAAACGGUCACUCACUCUGCGGUUGUGAAGAUAUAUCCGCUUGUAAAGAGAACAAGCCGUUUGGGACGUGUGAGAAGCAAGAAGAGAAGAAACCAGAAUCUAACCUAAUGAUGAUUGCUAAGCUAACGGCUGAAGCAACCAAAGGCUAUGGUCAUCCAUCUACCAAACCGACCCAACUUGGGCUUUCUGUGUUUGUUAUAACAUUUUUCUCACUUCUCUUAACUUUUUGACUCUGAUGGUUAACUUUAUACA